AGUACUUUGACAGUUCCCCCCUCACUCGGCGAACAGUACCACGCGGUACCGGUCCAGUACGGAUCUCCGGAGCUGGUCGCCAUGCAGGACGCGCAGGUCUAACCCAUGAUGGAGCUAUCCAACCUGUACGAGGUAGCGCACCCCCGGCUCCCGGCGAGCCAGCACGCCCCCUCGGUAGACCCGGGCGGGGACAUCGGGGACACGGAGACGUCCAUGGACCUUAGUGCCUACAUCGACACUUCCGCUUUGAACGACGAAUUCCUGGCCGACUUGUUCCAGAACACUUCCCGCCACGACAGACUCCGGCUCGUGAACGGCGACUACGAGCACGCCCCCACACACUUGUACGCGGCGGAGACCAAGCUGGAACCCUUUUAUGACCAUGCGCCCGCGCGUGCUCGCCCCGUGGCCAUCAAGCAGGAGCCUCGCGACGAGGACGCGCUGCUCCCUGCCUACUUGCACCACUACCCCCCCGCACCGCCGCCGCACCUGCAGUACCAGGUGGCGCACUGCGCGCAGACCGCCGUGCACCUCCAACAUCCAGGGCAGCCGACCCCGCCGCCCACCCCGGCGCCCAGCCCGCACCACCUCCCGCACGCGCAAGGCCACGCGCAGCAUCAGCAUCAGCAGCAACAAAGGGGGGGGAAGCCCAAGAAGCACAUGGACAAGAACAGUCCAGAGUACCGCCUGAGGCGCGAACGCAACAACGUGGCCGUGCGCAAGAGCCGCGACAAGGCCAAGCUGCGCAACAUGGAGACCCAGCAGAAGGUUCUGGAACUGAGCAGCGACAACGAGCGGCUGCGGCGCCGCGUAGACCACCUGAGCCGCGAACUGGACGCCCUGAGGGGCAUCUUCAGGCAGCACCCCCCCGACGGAAGCCGCUGAGGCGGCUCACGGUGUGAGCGAUGUUCUCGCCAUCACCGCUGCUGCCGUCCAGCGAUGACCCCAAGACAUGUCUCUAUGCAACACAUGAUGCCUUCUGGUCCUGUGACCUUUCACCUCGUGCCCCUGGGUUGACAUGAGCUCAUGAACACAUGAAUCAGGCAGAAAGGACUUUUUCUACAUUUGUUGACAGUAAAGGUUCCAAUAUCAAAUGUGUAUAAAUGUAUAUGAUAAAUAUGAAUAAAGCAGCUUGUUUUACACUCUCGUCUGCUCACU